AUGGCACCAGCAUCAGUUACUUUGUAAAACCCCCUUCCUUCCUUUCUCUCCUCGAUGGAAAUGUCCAGUGCUAACAAUCCACCAGACCCCCCGGGUUUCUCCUCUCCUUCCUCAAAUCCCAACUCUUCACCCGCCCUCCCCCUCCAACCCACGACUUCAGCAACCAAGUAAUCCUCAUAACCGGUUCCAACACCGGCCUCGGUCUCGAAGCAGCACGGCACUUCGUGCGACUCAACACCGCAAAGGUAAUCCUAGGGGUGCGCUCCAUCCAAAAGGGCGAGGCGGCCGCGCUGGACAUCGAGCAGACGACGGGUAGGAAGGGCGUCGUGCAGGUCUGGGAGGUGGAUUUCAGCUCGUAUAAGAGUGUGGAGGUGUUCUGUGGGAGGGCCGCGAAGGAGGAGAGGCUCGAUGUUGUGAUUGCGAACGCGGGGGUGGCGAUCCCGAGGUGGGAACAGGUGGAGGGUACUGAGAGGACGGUGUUGGUUAAUGUGCUGGCGACUUUUUUGAUGGUGGUUCUUAUGGUUCCUAUAUUGAGGAAGUCGGGGGAGAAGCAUGGAGGCGUGCCGCCGAGGUUGGUGGUUGUUUCUAGUGAAGCUCAUGAGCAGGUGGGUCUUUUCCUCCCUCUCCCCUUUAUCUUCCUUUUCUUGGAAUCGUAGUUUUGGGAUGGGAUUGGGACUGAAUCCGGAAUCGAGACUGGAAUUAUGAGUGUAAUUGGAACUGACAUGGCAACCAGGCAUCAUUUGUCGAACAAGACUCACCCCCAGGCCAAAUCUUCACAACCCUCGCCUCAAACAAACCCUCCCUCCAGCCCGACCGCUACAACACCUCCAAACUCCUCGAGGUCCUCCUAGUCCGGGCCCUCGCACCCGACAUCUACUCCCCCUCAUCAACCCCCCACCCAGAAAUCAUCCUCAACACCCUGACCCCCGGCCUCUGCAAAUCUUUACUCAUGCGCCACGCCGUCUUCCCACUUAACAUCUUCGCCGCCAUCGGCAAAGUCAUCCUAGCGCGAUCCACGGAGGUGGGCAGUCGCACGCUGGUUGCUGCUGCGGCUGCGGGGAAUGAGACGCAUGGGAAAUACAUGGCGGAUUGUAGGGUGAGGGAGCCGAGUCGGUGGGUGAGGAGUGAGAAGGGGAAGGUGACGCAACAGAGGGUGUGGGAGGAGGUUAGGGAGAUUCUGGAGGGUGUUAGGGAGGGGUGUACGAAGUGUUUGGAUUGA